CUCUCUCACUUAGCUAACCUCCCUCAUGGCACACAGAUCAGUGGAACUUAAGUCUUUAAUUGAGGUGCAUGAGUAGCAGCCUUCUGAGUUUUAGCAGGCGGGAUUUGGAAGCGUUUGUCUCUCAAUGCAAAAAGAGCAGCAGUGCGGGAAACAGCAGGAGAGGAGAUAGACAGAAUCCCCUUCUGUUCAGCCGCUGGAACACGUUUGUCUCGUCUGGGUUUUUCUUCCUUUUUAUUUUUUAUGCAAUAUUUGGUCCAAUUUUAUAGUGACUGAGAGUUUGAAGAAUUCUGGCGUCCUUCAGACCAAUGAUGCUGCUUGGCAGCCCCACCCAGAGCAGCCCCCUCCUGCCGCCUCUGCCUGUCCCGGGACGCCCCCCUCUCCAACCCCAGCUGGACAUCAAGCACUUCCUUCCCUUUCACCUCAGCGCCUCCUCCCCACUCAGCCUCUUCCCAAAUUUCAACACGAUGGACCCAGUCCAGAGAGCGGUGAUCAACCACACGUUUGGGGUCCCCCAGCCUCUCAGGAAGAAGCAGAUAAUUUCCUGCAACAUCUGCCACCUGAGGUUCAACUCUAUGAAGCAGGCAGAAGCGCACUAUCAAGGCCACAAACACACUCGCAAGCUGAAGGCCGUGCAGGCGCACAAGACUCGGCGACAACACCUGGGAGAAAGGGGCGGGGCCAGCGGAGGAAAGGAGAGGGAGACGGACAGGGAGACGACAAGCGCCUUGGAGGUGCCCCCUGCUCUAAUGGACGCCGCUGUGAUGGAAAGAAUGCGUCUCUUGUCAGAGCCGGGUGUGUUAAAGCUGGAGGACUCCCCAGGGAGCUUGGUGGUGCUGACCCCCGUGUCAGAGGCCUCCUCCCUGGACCUGGCUGGUCUGAGCUCCCCCCAGCCGUCCCCGUCCUCUGGGCUGUCAGAGAGCAUGUCGGAGAGCAGCACUGCAGAAACCCCCCCCUGCCAGGAGUCCCCCCAGUGCCAGGGGCCCCAGCUUCAGACCGAGAGGGAUGGGGACCCCCCAAUAAACAAGCAGCACCUCCACUGUCCUGUCUGCAAAGUCACUGUCAACUCCUCGUCUCAGCUUGCGGCCCACCACAGCGGAUCUAAGCACAAGCUCAUGCUGGGGGGUCAGAGUGUGUUGCCGCGGAGGAGGAGCAUGGCGGGGUCGUCUCGUUCUGCCUGCAGGACCAAGCGGCUCAGGGUCAAGGGUAGUGUGGGCGUGGUCAGCAAGGCCUACCACUGCCCCAUGUGUGAGAUCCAUGUCAACUCAGAAACACAGCUCCAACAGCACAUGAACAGCAGGAGGCACAAGGACCGGCUAGCAGGCAAGCCCCCUAAGCCCAAAUUCAGCCCUCACAGCAAGAGUCAGCAGAGCACCGUCUUACCGAGUGUGAGAUGGAACGGGCACGCAGGGGGAACUAUCUCUGCCAUGAAGAAGGUGUUCAACAGCUGCAGCCUCACCUGUCUCUCCUCUCAGGCCAGACUGGCCCUGCAGAAGCAGCUGAGCAGGUGCCUAGCGUCAGCUUUCCUGCCCCGCCCGCUGAGAGCAGCCACCCUCUGCACCAUGGCGACCGGCCCCCUCACCCUGUGUCACCCCCCGGGCACCGCCACCUUUAUCCAGGCCCCACUGCUGGGCCCUGCCACCUUCCGGCCCCCCUCAGGCCCCAUGAGGGCCCCACACACCCCCCUCAUCCUCUCCCCCUACUAAC